AUGACCGCACCUGUAACCUUCGGGGUGGAGAUCAAGUUCCUGAUGGCCUACGUGCUUGAAGACGCUCCUCUCCCAAACCACGCCGAAACUCGACAGCCGAGACUCUACCAACCCGAGACCGACAUUGAAGAAUACCCCGAACAGACGAAGACGGCUCCCGAGACGAGAGAGGCCCACGAAAAUGGCGCCCGCUUCGUGCGAGCCAAGCAACGUAUCCGCGAGGUGCUCCAAGAAGCGAACCUUCCCGUUGGCACAAUCGAUACAGCCUCCGACGCUCCUGGUGACUACACGAAAUGGGAGGUUGUCGACGACUCCUCCAUCGAAGUCCCGCAUGACAGAAUCGGGUACUCGUACUUCCAAAUGGAAGUCCGCUCUCCAACAUACGUAUACGCUGUCCAAGCGCUCGAUGAUGUCCGACUUGUAUGUAGGCUUCUACAAGACAACUUCGUCCUCCGUAUAGUGCCCAGCUGUGCACUACAUGUACACACCGGCCAAGGAGAUCAGGGCUUUAGCUUUGAGACCAUACGACGACUGGUGUCGUUCCUGUGGGCCUUUGAGCCGCAGCUCAAUUCUCUCCACCCCCCGGAGCGGCAGGAUACAUGCUUCGCGAGGUCGCUGCGCGAAUCGUCGCGGUACUCGCUUGAGUACCAGGAUAGAUACGAUAGGAUACCUACGGGCCUCGACGGGGCUGUCGAUAUCCAAUCUUGCCAAGACUUUAACAUGUUGUGCCAGAUGGUGGAACCGAGCAACACGUCAAGUCGGUACGCACAAGUGAGUUUAGCCGGUGUCCUCGCAGCUUCGAAGGACACAGCGCAUAAGAUGAAAACGGUGGAGUGGCGACAGCAUCAAGGGACCCUUGACGCAGACGCUAUCUGUCACUGGAUCACGACCGUCGUUGAGAUCAUGGAGAUGAUGAGGGAUGUGGACUACUCAUGGUUUGCCGGCGACCUGCUGAUGGUCGCUCUGCAGGAAAGGUGGAUGAAAUUAGGGGAUGGUCUCGACGGUCAACGCGAAGUCGAGAUGGGCCCUAUCCUGGCGGAGAGCGGAUUCACGGUCGUUGAUCUACUCAGGACUUUGGACCUCAAGCCACAGGCGGAGUAUUACAGUGGCAGGUGGCAUAAACUGGAGAAGAGAGCGGCGCCGCCGAGGAAGUCGAGGAUUGUGUGGGCGUAUGAGACGGAGGAGGAGCCCGGGACGAGCAGGUAUGCGACUUCUCACGCGGGGAGGCUGCUGUGGGAGCAGAUGCGUGUUCUGGUAGAUAUGCAGUUCUCGCCCGUCAUGUUUGACCCUGAUGAUGAGAUGUGGCCCAAGCAUAGUCUGAGGGCUGAGACGCCGACGAUGGAGGAAUGGGGUAAUGAUGAGGGGAUUGAUGAUACUCCGAGUGAAAGCUAG